UUCUCGCUGUCGUCGGAUGCCUCGUCCUCCUCUCGGUGUUGUUGUUCUCGGUGACGCGACGGAGGUGUAGCCUGACGCGGUCUCUUACGUGUCGGUCUGAAUAAAAGUGGAGCUCCGUAGACCCGGGAGUGACGAAGCGAGUCUGUGUUGAUUUUAAAUGACAAUGGAAGCUUGUGCAGAUACACAGCAAAGUGUUGAAACGGGUACAAAGCUGGAGCCUGAGAUUGCCCUGGCACAGGCCUCCAUAGCAACUGGCCAGGUGUCAUCCAGCAGCCCCACAGUGGCCUUGGUGCAGUUGCCAAACGGCCAAACCGUCCAAGUUCACGGGGUGAUCCAAGCGGCCCAGCCCUCGGUCAUCCAGCCUCCUCAGGUCCAAGCAGUUCAGAUUUCAACGGUUGCUGAGAGUGAGGACUCUCAGGAGUCUGUCGACAGCGUCACAGAUUCUCAGAAGAGGAGAGAGAUCCUGUCCAGACGACCUUCAUACAGGAAAAUCCUAAAUGACUUAUCAUCAGACGUUCCAGCAGUUCCGUGCAUUGAGGAAGAAAAGUCUGAAGACGACUCAACCCCGGCCAUCACCACAGUCACCAUGUCCACGCCCAUCUACCAAACCAGCAGCGGCCAGUACAUCGCCAUCACCCAGGGAGGGGCCAUCCAGUUGGCCAAUAAUGGGACAGAUGGCGUUCAGGGCCUGCAAGCACUCACCAUGGCCAAUGCUGCCACAGCCCAACCCGGCGCCACCAUACUGCAAUACGCCCAGACCAGUGAUGGGCAGCAGAUCUUGUUGCCUAGCAAUCAGGUGGUUGUACAAGCCGCCUCUGGAGAUGUUCAGGCCUAUCAGAUCCGCACAGCACCAACCAGCGCAAUCACCCCCGGGGUUGUCAUGGCUACCUCACCUGCAUUGGGUACAGGGACAGGAACAGAGGAAGUCACACGCAAAAGGGAGGUGCGCCUUAUGAAAAACAGGGAGGCUGCCCGUGAAUGUCGCAGGAAGAAGAAGGAGUACGUCAAGUGUUUGGAGAACCGUGUAGCUGUGCUGGAGAACCAGAACAAAACCCUCAUUGAGGAACUCAAAGCCCUCAAAGACUUGUAUUGCCACAAAUCUGAGUAGGUGCACCAUUAAUCACCCGCCCAUGUACAGAAACUCAGCAAAGAGCCAUGCAGAUGGAUGCCACUCCACCUUUUCUACUUACUUUGCUUUCUUAAAAAAAAAACUAAAUAAUAAAAAAAAAAAAAAUGCAAGACAUCGAUUACAUUGCCCAGUAGGCAAAGUAAACUGCCACUUCUAAAUUAGCAUUCUGACAUCUUGAUGAGCGGAUUUAUUCUCAGAGGAGUGCUCAUAAAUGGAGUGACCAAUGCAAGGGAUUCUGUCACUGAUGAACUGGAGUUGGAGCUGCCAGAUGUCAUCAGCAGCAACGAUUGAACGGUUCCGAUUCCCCCUUCGUCGCGGCGCCCGGCUCACUUGGAGAUCUUGCGUCAUUCAAAUGGCGCUACAACACAAGUUGCUUCACUAUAGUUUAAUGAUGUAUUUGAAUUUGCAUCAUGGAUUUUAUUUUUGAGCUGUGUUUCUGGUCACUUUCUGUUCCUCGAUUGCCUUUGCCCUUUUCGUUCGCUUACUUUACCUUGCUCCAUGAACAAAAUUGUUAACCAUUUGGGUUGUCAUGUUUAAUGCAGCAGAAAACACACGCAAUCUGGUAGUUUUUUUUUUUUUAAUUGACAUUUUGUCUCCAACCUUAAUACUGCAGGGUCAUUAUUUUUUGUUUUUUUUACUGAUCUGCAGUUUUUUUUUUUUAGAAAACUAGAGUUCCAAACAUCUGUUUGCAAUAAACAAGGUCUUUUUUAGACCUGCAAUGAGAAAAGAUGGGGAAAAUAUGGAGAAAGAAUAAUUGACAAAGCGUGUGUGCGAUCCAAGUAAUAUGAAAUGCUUUUUGUAUUGUGGCUUUUAUUCUAAUCAUUAUUGUCAUUAUUUUUUUAAAAUAAAAACCAAAAAUAAUGAGCCCUGCUUACAACGUAUGCAAUAGAUACAUAGUAAGUAAUAACAGAUGGCCUGUGAUGAUGUAUUUUAACUAACCUGACAUGUUAUUGGGAAGGUUUAUGUAGUUGCAUUAGUAAGAUGAUGUGGAAUACAGUAUGCACUUUUCCUUGCUGAAACAAUCCAGAUGUAUGAGGUGUCUGAGAAAAGUUCCAGGACAAAUGUUACAAACAAUAUUUCAAACUCCCUUCGAAAUAAUCCUUCUGGAUAAUGGGCUUGGGCUUUCACUUAUAUGGUGCUUUUCUACCGUCAACUAACUUCAACACUGUCUCCUCAUUCACCUACUGAUGAUGAGCAACUGGGGGUUCACUAUCAUGCUCAAGGACAAUUAGACAUGAUCACAAUGGCUUAGUGUCGGACCCACAACCUUUGGGUUGGGAUAUAACCACGCUACCAUCUGAGCUGUGCCAGCCCAAACACUUUUGUAGUCUUGUCUGCCAUUCCUUCAUGCACUCCUGGAAGUAUUUGUCAGAGAUCCUCUGCGGCUCCAUCGUCAUGGCCAUCAGCCAUAUCAUCAUCUAUCGCUUCAAAAGGUGUCUCUUUUAUGAACCCUUUGAGUUUGGGAAAGAGCAAAAUAAAAUCGCACUGAGCCAUGUCGUGUUAAUAGCGAGGUUGCCUUUGCACAGUGACGUUCUUGGCCACGAAGUGUCGUUUGGUUAGGACAUUGUGAGCAGCCGCACGUUCUUCCACAACUCGCCUCUUUUAAUACACUGAACGAAGCUAAUGCUGAAGGAUUUGCCGAUUGAUCAUCCAGCCUGUAUUCAAAGGACAAGCUCGUAGUUUAGGUUUGAAAUAUAUCUUGUGACGCUAGUCUGGAACUUUUCCGACACCUAUUUCACAUGUAAAAAUGAAGGACUUGGGAAACUCAAAGCAGAAAUUGAUAAUGAAAUGUUCAGGUCAAUUAUUAUUUUUUUAAUGAUCAUUGCAUAUAUGCAUUCGAUAAGGUGUGCUGCAUAUCAUAUUUGACUGCGGUCAAACGUAAAAGGAUUGAACAGUUACAACCAACCCAAGAAACUUCAAGACGAUAGAAUACCAUAUUUUAUUCUUCGGCUGUAUAUAUAGUGAGUCUUGUUAUCUUUGAUGUGGCUUUUCAUUAAUUUUCUUAAUGUCUGCACCAAUUUGUAUGAUACAUUAUGUUAGAGCUGUUACAUUUUGGCAGCUGUUAAUGUGUUUCUGGUAAGCUUGGCUUUAAAAUCAAGACAUUUAUUUAGAUAUCAAGUAUUUGAAAAAGAAAUCAUAAAUCACUCCUGGGCAGUUGUUUCCAAGCUUUGUAUAUAUGAAUGUCCCUUUGUUUGUCAUAGUAAACCUUCUCAAC